UCCCUCUAAUCUCUGUCUCUUACCACACAAUUUAUUAUCACACAAUUUUGGUAGCAAAAUUUGAGAGCAAACUUUGUCUGGUUUUUGAAGGGGGGAAAAAAUGCAAUCUUUAUUAAACAUUAAGGUUUUCACUGAUUUUAAUACUGGUACGAGGCGGUUGGUUGUUGGCCGAGGAAGCUGUGGAGGAGGGUUGUUCGGAGAAUCCGAGGUCGGAGUAAUAAGGAGACAACACCACCAAUGGUUCAAUUCCAGAUAUUCAUCCAAGAAUUCUAGAAUUUUAGCUUGUGCUAAUAAUGGUAAUGGUAAUGGGCCGGGUCAGACUCCGAGUUCAACUCCGAGUCCGAUUCCGAGUUCCAGUUCCAGUUCCAGUUCUAGUUCGUUCUUUUCUCGUAGCCAAACCUAUGCUUUGUUAAAGCAGCGAUUGGAGGUUGCCGCCAAAUCCGAGGAUUAUGAAGAAGCUGCAAGGAUACGUGAUUCGUUGAAAUCAUUCGAGGAAGAAGAGCCGGUUUUACGUCUAAGGAGAUUGAUGAAGGAGGCAAUUGCUGAGGAGAGGUUUGAGGAUGCAGCUAAAUUUCGUGAUGAGCUAAAGGAAAUUGCACCACACGCUCUUUUAAAAUGUUCAAGUGAUGCAACAACCUUGGGGAUCAGGGUUCAAGUCAGGAGUGUUUACAUAGAGGGCCGUAGUCAACCUUCAAGGGGCCAAUACUUCUUUGCAUAUAGAAUAAGAAUUACCAAUAAUUCAGACCGCCCCGUUCAACUUCUCAGAAGACAUUGGAUUAUUACUGAUGCCAAUGAAAAAAUUGAGAAUGUCUGGGGGAUAGGAGUUAUUGGAGAACAGCCUGUUAUACUUCCUCAUACUGGUUUUGAAUACUCAUCUGCAUGCCCAUUAAGCACUCCCAAUGGCAGAAUGGAAGGUGACUUUGAGAUGAAACACAUUGAUAGAGUAGGCUCUCAGUCUUUUAAUGUGGCCAUUGCCCCAUUUUCUCUCUCAAUACUAGGAGAUGACACUGAUAGUUUAUGAGACAUCAUAAGCAGCUUCACUUUGGAGAGGUGGAAUUGCGUCAAUAAGAUGCAUAAGCGGUUAUCAAAUUGAGGGUUCGGAAAACAGUUUUACCCGUAUCAUGCAAUGUAAGUUUGACGUGCAUUCUGCAUUGUAAGCUUUGAAAGGCCUCUCCAUUCUGGGUGAAUAAAAGUUCAUAUUCUCAUCAUUGUUUGUCUUGAUGGAUAUGAGUAAUUGAAAUUAUGUAUAGCAAACUUAUAAAGAAAUCAAUUUGUAGAGAUGAAUAUAUAGGACAGUGUGCUGACAGUUUUUGGUCCAACAGCAUGGAAUUCAGGGUGGAUUCGGUACUGUCUUCAAAUUUGGACAAGCCAUAUAAAUUAUGGUUAUUUAUAGAUGUAAUGGUACUAAAUCAAUGUCAAUUAUAUUUUAUGA